AUGGCGGGCAGCGAUGCGGGCGCGGAGGGGCGGGCGCGGAGGAGCGGCGCGGCGCGGCGCCCCGGGGGCCCGGGCGGGCGGGGGCGCGAGGCUGCCGCCAGCCGCCCGGAGCCGCUGUCCACUGCUGAAGCGCCGGCCGCCGGCGCCGCGCUGCCCGCCUGGAUGCGACUCUACUUCUACGGGAUGCACGGGAUCACCCUGGACGUGCUGGCGUCCUCGGCUGGGCGCUUCGCCCGCAGCCCGGACCUGGACCUCCGGAUGCUGGGGUUCUCCUCGCCCUACCGCUGCCUGCUGCACUCGCUCACCCACUUCGCCCUGGAGCAGGUCUACCUGCAGCGGCCGCGCUGCCCCAGCGCCUUCGUCUUCAAUUUCCUGGUCUACCCGUCGGCCCACGUGGCGCUGCAGACCCUGGCCGGCCUGCGCGGCGGACCGGGCGCGGCGGUGCCGGGGCCGCUGCGCUGGGCGCUGCAGUACGUGCUGGCGCUCUACCACUGCCAAGUGUUCCUGAAGCGCUUCCUGCGCCUGCGGUACCGGCGGCCGCCCGAGCCGCGGCCCCAGCCUUGGCCGCGCGCGCCCCCCGCCGCCGCCGCCGCCGCCGCCGCCCCCGCCCCCGCCCCGGGCGCAGGUGGCCGGCGACGACCGCCGCGAGGCACCAGGGGCGUCGGGGGAGCCCCGGCUCGGGGGCUGCCGGACCCGCUCCGCUUUCUCUUCUUCGGAAUGCACGGCUUUUUGGAUGAGAUCUUCUUCACUUUCUUCUUCAACUUCCUGGGGCAGGCGGACGGGCCGACCAGCGGCCACACGUCGCUCUGGUCCUUCUUUAUGUACGGCAGCUGCAGCUUCGUGGUGGAGAGGCUCUACUUCCACCUGCACCGGGGCCGCGGCUGGAGCACCUGGAAGCGGGUGCCCGUCUACGUGACCUUCAUCUACGCGUGGGAGCUGUGCUGGGGCCUGGGCCUCCGCUCGUGCGGCGCUUGCUCCUGGGACUAUUCUCACUACCCGCUCAACUUCAUGGGCCUCAUCACCCUGAUGUAUUUACCUGGUUGGAUAUUCCUUAGUGUGUACCAGGACCUACUUUUCAACGUGUUGUGGCGGGUUCAGUACAUACCAACUAUCUAAAGAAAAGAAAGAAAGAAAAGAAAGAAAGAAAAGAAAGAAAGAAGAAAGAAAGAAAGAAAGAAAGAAAGAAAGAAAGAAAGAAAGAAAGAAAGAAAGAAAGAAAGAGAGUCAUUCGAGUCCCACGAACCAAUUCGAUUUAUUUUUACACGUUUAAAACGGAGUGGUUUUUUUAGCCUUUUAAUUUUUAUACGUUUUCCUAAGCUCUUCUAAUAUGUUUUACUCGACUUUUCCGUUUUUCUGACACUUUGGAACCUAUGCAUAAUACAACAUUUUGAAAUUUUACUCGAAACAUAACUCAAAGUACUUGUCAAUAUUUAAAACCCCUUACAAGCCCAAACAGCAAAGCCAUGAUACCUUGACAUCAGAAGCUGUAGUAUAUUCACUUAUUGGGGCAUGGGUGGGUGAUAACUACUAGUCUUUUUUUUUUUUUUUUUUUUU